AUCAGCAAUGCGAACUGCGGAUCCAGGAAGAAGUGCAAUUCGAAACCUUGCGGACGCCGGGGAAGUCCUAGCCGCCAGCAUUGCCGCCUGGAUUAUCUCUGGAUGAAUGCCCGGACCGGCGUAUCUCCAACCCGCUCCCACUCCAACACUGCGUAGCGCGGGAAGGGCAGGAGGUGGCUGCUUAAGCGUAGAUGUCUCUAGCAUGAUAGCAUCCCACGCAUUCGGGAACCCGUCCUUCUCGCUGGCCGCAUCCACCACGUUUGUAGCUGCAACAUCGACAAGGCUUAGGUUCCAGCCGCUCUUGUCAGGGUGUAGUUUGCGGGACAAUGGGCUGGAGGAUCGACUCCGCGAUAUUCUGCUUGGUACGAUUACUCGGAGUCUACGAACCCUCUACAGCCGCUCGCUGUGCACAUUACUUCCCUCCUUACGCAUGAUGAGGAUACCUGCUGGAUUAGACCCGAACCUCAAACCAGACAAAAAUAAGGAAACCAAUGUCGCGGACUCAGAAUCGGAUGGCGAUGAUACAAAGCGCGGUCUUCCGCAAGCUACAUUCACCGCUUCAGGCGACCACUCCCCUGCAACCUCCGGCUUUGUCGAUAACCCUUUCCAAGCUUUUUGA